AUGACAGCUACUCAGAAGCACAACCUCUUCCCGCCGGAACCUCACUACAUCCCUGGCUAUGCCGGCUUCUACCCGCAGCUGCGCUACCAGGUGGGGAACACCUAUGGGCGCACCACGGCGCAGCUGCUCGCGGACGCCAGCGUGCCGAAGAGCCCGUGCUCCGUGCUGUCCCCCAUAGCCAAGCCCAAGUCCAUCGAGGACUUCAGCAAGUCCCAGCCACCUUUUACGCCCUGCCGUGAACUGACAGAACCCUACGUCUGCCAGUACACCAGUCUGAAGCCCUACAAGAACUGUGAGAUCCUGGGCCGGUUCCCACCCCAGGAGGUGGAUGCCCAGGGGCCGCCGGGAGGAGAGAAUGUAUCCAGGCAAGUCCCACUGCCUGCAGGCUUCGUGCCCUACCCCCUCUACCCUCCCUGCCCACCGGGCAGGAAGGGGGACUCCAGGGACCUUGGACACCCGGGCCUGCGGUUGGCAUUAGGGGAAGAGGCCUGGAUGAGCGCCACCUCUGCCCGUGAGGCCCCCACGCAGUACCAGCUGUGCCCCCGCAUGAGGGAAGACUGCCUGGCCCCAGCCCACCAGCGGGAGACACUACGUGUGGGCUGCUUCCACAGGCCGCCCCAGAUGGACCACCCCGACCUGAUCCAGCGCAAGGCCAUCUCAGGUUAUGCUGGCUUUGUCCCUCGCUUUGCCUGGGUGAUAGGGAUGAAUUUUCGCGAUGGGGUCGCACAGGCCACAGAUGAGUUUGACAAGAGCCAGUUCCUGCUCAGAAAUCCCUUCCGUGCCCCGGGCGAGAGGCUGCCCAGAACGCAGUGGCCUAACACCACCAUCUACAGAAGCCAAGGUCUGAUACCUUUCUACAUGGGGUUCAUACCAGCCAUGCAGGACAACUACGCACUGACGUUUGGCAACAGCACCCGCAAGGCCUGUCAGAAGGAACUGGAGAGGCGCAGCCAGACACUAUGAAAACGCUUUAAUGGUGGUACCUGUACAGCAUGUGAUGUCGAGACAAGAAGAACAAAUACACACACAGAAAGACAGGGCUAUCAGAGAACAGGCUGAGUGAAUAAAGAGUUCCCACGGCUCCCAUGCCUCACCCGGUACCGCAGCCCUAGGCCACCUCCUCCUCGGCCUCUUCCUCAAACUCCCCCUCCUCCUCGGCCGUGGCAUCCUGGUACUGCUGGUACUCGGACACCAGGUCGUUCAUGUUGCUCUCGGCCUCGGUGAACUCCAUCUCGUCCAUGCCCUCGCCCGUGUACCAGUGCAGGAAGGCCUUGCGGCGGAACAUGGCCGUGAACUGCUCUGAGAUGCGCUUGAACAGCUCCUGGAUGGCCGUGCUGUUGCCGAUGAAGGUGGCAGACAUUUUCAGCCCGCGGGGCGGGAUGUCACAAACAGCUGUUUUCACGUUGUUGGGGAUCCACUCGACGAAGUAGCUGCUGUUCUUGUUUUGGACGUUAAGCAUCUGCUCGUCCACCUCCUUCAUGGACAUGCGGCCCCGGAACACGGCGGCCACGGUCAGGUAGCGGCCAUGGCGGGGGUCACAGGCCGCCAUCAUGUUCUUGGCAUCAAACAUCUGCUGGGUGAGCUCGGGCACCGUCAGCGCGCGGUACUGCUGGCUGCCCCGGCUGGUCAGU